CCGCCGCGCUGCGGUCACUUCCUGCAGCUGGCGCCGGCGGUGCCCGGCGGUCCUGGCCCUCCCGCGGCCUCGGGCACCGGCUGAAGUUGUGCGGGGCGGGGGGGGGGGGACACGCAGGACAGCGGUAGCCGUGGGGGCCGGGGCCGCCGCUCGCAGUCUCCGCCGGCGUGAUCUAAAGAAGAUUCCUCAUCCUUUAGAAGUAGCAUGCUCACAAUCUUCCUGGCCAAUGAUUCUUCUACAGCAAGCAGGACUUAUUCCUCAUUCUGAGAAGCCUUCAUCUCUUCCUAUGUCAGUGGCUACAAGGCCAAGAGCCAACUCACCACUGUCCCCACCAAAAUCUCUCGGACUGGGGCCUUCCUUUCAUCACGCACAAGAAGAAGAGCUUGCGAAAGUGGUGGAGCAGGACCCUAUGCUGGAAGAACUAUGUAAGCCUCUGUGCUGUAAGCUUUGCAAUGUCACUCUGAAUUCAGCACAACAAGCCCAGGCUCAUUACCAGGGUAAAAACCACAGUAAGAAACUCCGGAAUUACUAUGCUGCCAACAGCUGUCCGGCACCUGCCAGAAUGAGUAGUUCGGUUGAGCCCACCCCGCCUCAGGUUGUCUCCCUGCCAGCUCAGAUGGGAUCCAGUAAACCAGGUGGCCGAGUGAUCUUGGCCACAGAGAAUGAUUACUGCAAGCUUUGUGAUGCCUCGUUUAGUUCUCCAGCUGUGGCACAGGCUCACUACCAAGGGAAAAAUCAUGCCAAACGGCUGCGUCUUGCAGAAGCACAGAAUAACUCAUUCUCGGAUGCAUCAGAACUAGGCAAACGAAGGGCAAGGAAAGAAGGGAAUGAAUAUAAGAUGAUGCAGAACAGAAGAAAUAUGUAUACAGUCCAAAACAACACAGGUCCCUACUUCAAUCCCCGCUCACGGCAGAGGAUUCCUCGGGAUCUGGCCAUGUGCGUCACUCCCAGUGGCCAGUUCUACUGCUCCAUGUGCAACGCCGGGGCCAGCGAGGAGAUGGAGUUCAGACAGCACUUAGAAAGCAAACAGCAUAAAAGCAAGGUGUCCGAACAGCGCUAUAGGAACGAGAUGGAGAACCUAGGCUAUGUACAAUGAUGCGCCACCCUUGGUAGUAGUUUGCAAAUAGAGCAGCUUGUCUCUCGCCUGCUGUUUGCCACAUGCCCUGCUUUGUGCUCCAUUUGAUAGGAGUAUGCUCUCGAGCUAUACAUGUAACACCUGCAAACUUAACGGUAUGGUUAGAUUUUUUUUCUAUCAUAGUUGGCAGGAUGACGCUGUGCAGGACAUGAAGUGUUUUUGAUGUUUGUUUGCUAAUUAUCUAAGGCUCUUCAUUGUAUUGAGUGGCGGGGAGGACUCUCUCUUCUCCCCAGCCUUCUGCAUGAAUAUGCAAAGCCCAAGAAGUGCUGGGAACUUCUGUGGUUCUACCACACAGGUGGGCCACGUGCAAAGCCCUCUCCUCUCUUUGCACGCUGCAGAGCAGUGCUCCAGAAUGCUUCGCUACAGCAGACUGAAUCUGGGCAGCUUGUAAAAGAGGGGCAGGAAUGGGGUGUGAAUUAGGUGGUGUACUUGUCCACAAAUUGCUACUUGUGGCCCCCAUUACAGCCCAGAGUAGGUUCCUUCCACAUCCUUGUAGAAAGGCUGUGCAUGUCUUCUCCUUGGAGGGUCUUGUGUAUUCAGAAAUACUCUCUUCUACCAGUUUACAAUGAAAGAAGAUUCUCAGUGUUGUUGGUUGGGCACCUUAAUGCAUCAAGGGUGUAGCUCAUCUUCCUGAAGAGAAACUGUGGGGAUCUCAGUGGCUUAAUGAAGUGAAUCAGAAAGCAGACUUGCUCAGAUAAGAUGUGCUCUGCUCUGAUUCUGCCUUAGACUGAGUAGGGUUGAGAAUAGGUUGGAAGGAGCUGUCAGCUGUAAUUUCUUUGCACACUGAUGUAGAAGAGAGCAAGUGUUGGUCUCUGGCCUGCAGCUGUAUUGCCCUGGGGGAGCAGGGCUGCCUGGACCUUGGGGAGCAGAUACCGGUGUGUCCCACUUCCAUGUCAUUCCCUGGACAAAGCCCAGUGGGUGUUACAGAGGAGAGCUGAAAUGCUCCUUUGGACUAGGGCUACCAAUAUUGGAUGAAUUUUUUCCCCUCUUUCUUUUCCCAUCUCAGGAUGGGUUUUAAUUCCAUUCCUUGAUGUGAACUUCACUGUUUUAGGGACCAUCAAAAAUCUGAAGUUAGGUAGGAUGUAAACGUCAGGGGUGAUGAUUGAGUAACAUCUUUUUGGUCAUGCAGAAGUAUUUGGGAAACUUGUUAAGCAACUUUGUAAGUGUAGACAAACCCAAAGGGUAUAUGUCUGUUUUGUUUUUCCUUAGUAAAAGUAGAAAGGGGAUAAAGAGCAGAAUUAGGGCUGAUGUUUAUUUUUCUGUGCACUUGGGUAGAUGUGAGGAGCUGUGAUUGGAAUCCAGUUCACAGUGUUUCUAAAACAUUGGCUCCAGUUGCAAGUGCAGCCUGUAGGUAGCCUCCAUUGGACCUGAUUCACCACUGUGCUGCUACUGCUGUACGCUAGUAUAGCUUCAUUGACUUCAGUGGCAGGUGCAGAGGGGGUAAAGGAAGCACCGUGGCUUGUCUCUCACUCCUCUUUAGGCAGUACGUUGAAUUAGAUGCAGCUUCAUUGGUUUCAGUAGCAUUUUACCAGGGAUAAAUUUUACCUAGUGCAUCAGGUUGAAGAUGGCUCCCCCACCCCCUUUUUUUGCCAUUCUGAUCCUGCCUCUUGCAUUCCAGAAGGACUUUUUGCUUGCCUUAAAAAAUUUAAAAUGAGUAAACUAACAAAAAAUCCAGAUAGUUUUUUAUUUGUCUUUCUUGUCCACCUCAAAAAGGUUUGUUGCACUUGGCUGCUUCUCAGAAAUCAAGUGUGGUUAUCUUUAGCUACCUGAGCAUCAGGUAGCCAUACAACCUUAACACAACCUUCCUAAAUCCAGGUAAGGUGAGCUUUUGCACAGUGGUCGAAAGCAACCCCCCACAUCAUUCGGUGCUGAUUCUUGUCCUGCAGUACAGGCAGAGCAAUGGAUAUCCUCUUGAAUGGAAUUCCCUCCCCUCCUUUGUGCUAAGCCCAAAUAAAUAGGGUUUGUGCACUGGAGUACGUAGGAAGGUAGGACAAGUGCCCAGGUUGUAAAGCACUGACUGAGCAGUUUUGACAGCCUGUAAGUCUGUUUCUUCCAUGCUUUCCUGCCCCUGGCUUACCCUCUGUGCAGCCUUGAAGAACAUUCCCCUUGCAAAAAUCUCUCAGCAGCCUUUUCCCCUCAUCUUUUUCAGUCAAAUAAGGGCUCUGGUUUUCUCUGUGUUCUGUCUUUUGUUGUGCUAGCCUGACACCACUGGGCAGGAACAAAGGGAGUUGGAUGAUCCUCACCACAAUGCGCUUUACCAGAGUGGGCCCCGCGUUAUGGUUAAACAUCCCUCUUGCUGUAAAUUCAAGUGUGGCAUUUCGAACAGACUGCUGUUAGUAGCGGAAAAACAACAUAUUGUGAAAUACAAGCAGGAGGAGCUAUAGGUACUGGUGUUGUCUAGCUUAUUGCUAGGGCCAAGAAGGCAUUUUUAUCUGCUUUCACAUGUCCUGAAAAUCAGCUGUUCACCACUUUGCUUUGGUUGCCACUCUUGCUCCCAGCCCAGCGAUCUGUUCCUCAUUUGGAAUUUUCAGUGACUGCUGGAGGUGUCAAAACUCAGUUUGCACCAUGUGCUGUUACCCCCUGGUAAGAGCUGCUGCAAACGUGCCACAGCACACCACUGUGUUUGGGAGGGGGUGCGAGGGAGGUGCAGGGGGCUGUUCCUGCGGGCUCCUCUCUGUGUGGGCAGAGUCUGGUUUUGAGGAAUGGCUUGAGCCUUUCCAGAACAGGGAGGCCUGUAUCUGCUUUAUUUUGUUCAAGGGAGUACAACAAGUGAAUGUCAUCAUCCUGAGAAUUUCUAAGUGGUGGGUUGCAGGUAUAAAGCAGACAGUAGGACUCAGACAGCAAGAGCAGGACAGGUUUCCUACAUGGGAGGAAAGAUAUUUCUUGCUGGGAUAAGCAGCUGAGACUCACUUUGCCCCAGUGCUCUGUUGUGACCCUUCUCUACAAGUGACCAAAGCUUUCCUCUCCCACUUCAGCAUUGCUUAACGGUUUGUGAUCUUCCCACUCUCCCUCCAGCACAGAAAACUGUUGACUGCAAAGAGGAAACACCCCACCUCACUAAUAUCAUUAGGGCUCAGGCCAAUCCAAAGUCAUACUUGUCAGCAUGAGAAACUGUGUGGAUCCUGAUGUUGGUUGUUUUGUUUUGUUUUGUUUUUGUGAAAGCUGUUCUCCAAAUCACCGUUCAAAACACAUAUUGAAAACAUGUCAUGGCCAAGCGCUAUUUGACAUAGAUGGGCUGGGGAGAAUUCCAUACAGCUGUAGUACCAUUUUCCAGACCCAAUGAAUCUUUUUCUCAUGUUAAACAAAGUACCAAACCCAAGAAACAGGACUUCUGUGAAGUUAUCACAUUGGCCAGUAGGUUAAUGACCUUUGCUGCUAGAAGUAAAAUAUAAAUCAAUGUGUUCAUAUUUAUUUUACUUUUCUGACCACUAAUUGAUUUGUUAAUAUUUAAGGCAUUAUUCUGUAAGUUGUUUUUGUUUAAAUAAAAAACCUCUACAUCGCACUUUGCUUUUGCAUCAGAAAAGGUAUUUAUUAUAUUUGUGAAAAUGUUUUCCCUCCCACAUAUGUAUCGUUUUCUUUCCCUUGAAGCAAGGAAAAAGAAAAUAAAAUAAAAAAAACAAAUAAACCCACCCCAAAAAAGCAACAACAAAAAAACCCCAAAUCCAACCAGUGAGUCAUCUUUGUUUCUUUUCAAGUCAAACAAAAUGGGGAUUUCCUUGCAACUUGCUCUUAAAUGUCCAUUUCUAAUAUUUUUUUUUUUUUCCUCCAAUGGUUCCUUUGGUAACUUGGGAUGAUAUUUUUAGAGACACAUGAAGUUCGUGCUACAUUUAAGCAUUUCUUUUAAGGCAAGGAAGUAAACUAUGUGGAAAUCAUGUAUUUGUGAGUAGUACGAAAAUAAUGCUAUUUUGUUUGUAUUAAGCAUUAGCUGUUAAUUUUGUAUUCUGCACUAAUGAGUAAAUGUGUUAUAAUCUUGCCUAACUUUGGUCUAUUUUUGAAUUUUUGCUUUUUUUUAUGUACAUCAAAAGGAACCCUGAAGACUUCUGUGGCGUUGCUUAGGAUGGUCAUCAGUGUCACAAAAUGCAGAUUUUUUUUUUUUUUCUCUGUAAAGCUUCUUGUCUCUUUUCCUUUCCUAGAUGCCCAUUAUAGGGUAUUAGAAGGGAAAGCUAUUGCCAUAAGCGUGGAUUCAUAUUUUAGCUUACUAAUGCAUGAUAUCCUUUUGCUAUGUUACUUAAGCAAUACUCUCACUGUAACCAAUGGGAAUCUUGCCCAAGUCAGGAGUAGAUUAAAUACCUGAGCUAAAUUUAUUAUGUUGGCUAGGGCCAGGCAAGGUACAUUGUUAAAAUUUGUCUUUUACUCCUAUGUUUGGGUUACAACACUUAAGGUUUUGCUUUCUGAGGAAUAUGCGUCUGGUUCUAUAAGGAUUUGGUCCUGCUCCAGCUAAACUAGUCUGAAGUACUUUGACUUUAGUUGAGUAGGAGCAAGCCUUGAAACCAUUCAGGAAUUUCAUACUGCUGAUGUUUUCUCAUAUAUGUGUAUUUUGUUUUGUGUUUUGUUUUUUUUUGUUUGUUUUUUUGUUUUGGUUUGGUUUUUUUUGUUUUUUAAUUUUACAACCAUAUAUACAAGGAUGCUCUGGAUGAGAUUGACACCUGUUGCUGAUUAUCAAAAAACAAACGGUGUGGUUGCCAAAGGAUUAGCAGAUAACAGAAGUGUGGACCUAGUUUCUUUGAACUUAGUGGCUAAGCUCCCACUGUUUUGAGCUGGGCUGGCUUCUUUGCCAUCUGCAUAAAUUUGGAAGUGAAAAAAUCUACUUUCAAAUAAAUGUGGUCAAAAAGUGGCUCUGGGAAUCUCUUCUUUUAAAAAAAAUGUCUCACAACUAAAAUUGUAUCUUUUUAUCUGAAAUAUCUGCAGGUCUAGGCAGGACUGCGGGUUUUUAAAAAUAAAAUCAGUUUUUCAGUCUGUUUUGCAGGAAAAAAAUUACUUGAUUUCAUUUUCUUCUGCAUUUGUCCAGCAACAUCAUUUACAAGUGCUUUGAAUGUGUUUCAUCUGGAGCCUUCUUGUCAGGUUGGUUUUGUACAUUUGUCCUUAUUUUCUUUAUAUUGUACUGACCCCCGUGAGGGAAUAGUUGAUGAAAUUUUUUUUUUCUUUUUCUAUUUUUCUUCUUCAGUAUACAAUAAAUCAUCUUGUUCUUAUCAUUGUA